UCACUGUCUGUACAUCCACCUUUGUUUCUCUGUCCUCUCUGUACUUUCCCAUUUCCUAUUUUGUCUCCCCUGGAGUUCAAGACUGGGGGACAAGGACACGUAAAAUGGAUUCUGCUACAAGCAGAGGUUGAAACUCAAGGGCAGGCAGGGGCUACUAUGGCAGACUUGCUCUUCCGUCACCCUGCCUCCACCUACCAGUGUGUGGAGGAUAUGAUGCAACUCAGCAAACAUCCUGGUCCUUGCCUUCAAAGACCUCACGUCUAGCAUGGAGGCAGACAUGUGAGUAACUCAGCCAAAGCAGAACAGCACAGGGUCAGGGGCAGCCUUCCAAGUCCAACUAACUGCUGGGUUUUCAUUCCACCCCCAUCACUUACUUGAUGUUUGACAUUGGGCAAGUUAUUUUAUCUCCAGAUACCUCAGUUUUCCCAUCUGUAAAAUGAGGACAUAAGAGUCUCUUUUUUCUUAUAAGGUUGUUUUGAGAAAUAAUACCUAUCAGGUUCUUAGCACAGUGCCUGGCACAUAGUGCUCCAAGAACACUGAACCACCAGGAAACUAGCAGGUGUGGUCAUGCAUCAACGGGAGUACCAAUCCAAUUAAAUCCAUGUCUCCUUGGGGAGAGAUGGGCUCUGGGCUCCAUGGGGUUUAAAGAAAUCCUCACAAAUGAAGGGCAUCACCUGAAGGGUGGACAGCCAUUUCCCCGGCAGAGCUGGAAGAAGGUAUUCAGGGGGCUGGAAAGGUACAAGUAUAAGCACUGGGUGGGAAAUAGGUGGUGUGUUUGGGGGAUGUGGCACCCUGUGACUGCAAGGUCACACUCACUGGCAAGGGGAGGAAAGGUCCUUUCAAGGAUGUGUGCAGGCAUGCCGGCACAGAGAAGAGGUUCAGGGCCCUUGUAUGGACUUGAGCCCCACAGCAGAAGUUGCAGGUCUAUCACAGGACCACUGUCAGGGUCGGGCAAGGCUCCAGGAAAGAAGAUCCCGUCCCAUCCUCCUGCCUUCUUCAUCAGGGGCCUCCUGCCAGGGCUUGGCCACUCCCAGUAUCCAGAACCGCCCACCCCCCCGCCACCCCCAACUGAUUAGGAGGCAGGCAGGAGACUCUUUGCGGGGGCUGUGCCGGUGGGCGGUUUUCCCAGAACAAGGAGCAAAGCAGGACUGAGCUGGCGCCAGCUCCCUCAGAUAUGGACACUGCUGGCUGGUUGGCCAGCCUGCCCCAGCCAGCUUGAGCCAAGGGCUCCCUCAGACUCUGUGCUCCUGCCCUGGGGACUGUGGCACCACACCCCAGGCGUGGGGCGUGUUGCAGAGACAGGCCAGAGGGAGACAAGCCAUGCCCGGAGUGGGGCAGAACCUGGCGAGGGCCAAGCUGCGGUUGCUAGCAGGCGGCGGCGACGGGAAGAGGAGCCGCCUGAGCAGGACAAGGCAGGCCACAUGGGAAGAGAUGAGCUGGAGCAACCAAAGGCGGAGCAGAGCUACCCCUGGCCCCAGCGGGGCCGGGGCCGGAAGCCCGGCCCGUGGCAGGAGUGAGGCCAGUCCUGAGAACGCCGCGCGCGAGCGGAGCCGCGUGAGGACCCUGCGCCAGGCCUUCCUGGCCCUGCAGGCUGCUCUGCCUGCCGUGCCGCCCGACACCAAGCUCUCCAAGUUGGACGUGCUGGUGCUGGCCACUAGCUACAUAGCCCACCUCACCCGCACGCUUGGCCACGAACUGCCUGGCCCUGCCCGGCCACCUUUCCUGCGUGGACUUCGCUACUUGCACCCUCUCAAGAAGUGGCCAAUGCGAUCUCGUCUCUAUGCCGGAGGCCUGGGCUCUGGUCUGGACUCCGCCACAGCCACCACCUCAGGCCAAAGAAUGAAGGAGGCAGAGGCUGGGCCCCGAGUCUCUGGAGACGCCGAUGCUCUCCUUCCCACCAGGCCACCCUCAUCAGCUUUUGAUGACAAAUGACCCUCACAAUUGCCCGUUCGUCCUAGACUGCAGCUCAAGCUUAGGGACCUGGAUGCUCCCCAGGCCCUGCCUGUCUUCUCUCGGACUCACCCAUCCAAUCUGACACGGGCUCCAACACGCAGACCAGACAAAGCGGUGGGUACCUUGGUGAUACAGAGUCCUCAGGAGCUCCUGGGAGCAAAUCUUCAUCCCUGCACCCAGGGGCUGACACCCUGGUGGCUCUUCUGUGGCCGCUACAAGAGGAAGGGGUUUGAUAAAGUUGGAAGCUGGGUUAGGGCUCUGCCCCUUGCUUUUUUCCCCUAAGGUUCCAGCAAACAUUGCUGCACAGGUGGGGCCUAGGGUAGCAGCCACCACGGGUGCUGAUGGGAAAGGUAAAGGCCAGACAGGCCUCAGCAGCUGUGAGUGUGAACCGAGCUGGGUGGGGUCACAUAGGCAGAGGGGAGACUGAGAAAGGGAACAUGCUUUGUUACUGUGCCACAAGAUGCUUCCCCAAAGACAAGGAGGAAUUUAGGAUUCUUGUCUUUGCACUACGGUCUUCCCAGCUGCCCCUCAUCACCACAUUUCUCUCUCUGGGUCCAGCAAUCCUCCACUCUUUUCUUGAAAUGAGUUAUAUUUACAGGUUAAGCCAUAAAGCUUACAUUGCUUACAUGCCAGCUUCCAGAGAAACUUUCAGAGAGUCCCAGCUGCUUAGUUUGAGAUGUUCUUAUCCCAGAGGCAGGUCUACCUGAACUGAACCAGACAGCACCUUAAGGCCUUGCAUAUAAAGGAUAUUGAUAGACCCUAUUAGAUCCUUGAAGGACUGUAGAAGGAGAAUGUAUAUCUUUUUCAGGAGAUGAUAAUUAGUCUUUUCUUUCCAUUAUGUUAGAAACCUAACCUCCAGGAAAAACAAGAUAGGCCUGGGUUCUGUGGGUUCCUUGUAUGAUUUUAGCCUACGGCCUUACUGGCUCUGCAAUUAUUUCUACAAUCUGUCUACAAAUGAGCUCCUAGGGCCAGCUCCUUCCCACAGGCACAGGCCUCCCAGGUGCUCCCUAAGUCCUGCCAUGGGGGUGCCAGAAACCUGAUAGAGUUUUGGUGGAAUCUAUCUAUGAAGAAAUCAUUUGAGGAAUAAUUAGGUAUAGAUUCUCUGCACCUACUGAAGUAAUUUUCCAGAUCAGAUUUAGCUUCAAACCAAGCUCUUGAAGUCCAGACAGAUAAGAAACCAUCUUUUUGUUAAACUUCAGGGUCUGAGAGCAGAAGGGAAUGGGCCAGGCUCCCUACAGUCCCAACAGGGGUAGCCUUAGAGCCAUCAUUGCUGUCAUGAAAAUAAAUGAGGUUCUGGGCAGGCUGUGAGUGCCUGGGGGUCCGGUUCCUCCACAGGGGUGUCCAAGGAAGCAAGAAGAGGGGGCUAAGGGGGUGACUCAGCAAGCUGGGGUGGAGGCACAGAACGUCCCAGUCAUGGCUGCAUGCAUGGACGUGGGAGAGCAGCUGGACUGUGGCUGGGAGCCAUGGGGAGAAGGCCUCAGCCAAGGCCGAACUCAUAAAUCUACCAAGUCUGUGCUGAGGGGCCUGGAGAGUUUGUGCAGAGCUGCUCUGGGCAGCUGGAUGGGGCCAGGCAGGGGCAGAGACCAGGUGUGGGUGGCCAUGUGCACAGUGUUCUUCACAAGACCAUAAAAGUCCAGCUGGAAUGUUCUAUUUUUAAAGCCAAAUAGCAGUGUAUUCCAGGAUGAGUUCAAUGGUGGUAGGAAGAGGAGCAGAUAAUUUCCUCCCGAGCUGGUGGGACACUAUCUUUUUCUACAGCUGGAACUGGGAAAUCUGGCUUUGGGUAUGCACUGGGGAUUCCCCAUAGCAUGGGGCUUCUCCGGAUAACCGAGGAGACUUUGAUUUGGAGCCUGCCCCACCCCACCCUCAGACUGCAGCCUUUUUCUAGCCUUUUAAUAUAGGCCAACCCCACAGGGCUAGCCACUUUAUGCCAGUAGAGGAGACAAGGGGGGCGAAAGUAGAAUGAAGCUGGUAGAGAGCUGGGGAAGGACAAGUACCAUGACUAUGAGUUUCUACAGCUGCCUCAGGCUCUGCCUAGGCAAAGCUAUUUCCUUAGUGCCCAGGACAGGCCUGUGGGGUCCAGAACCUGUGAUCCUGAAAACACCCAGAAAAGUCAGGCCAGGGAGCAAAGGGUUGAGAGAGGGCAGGUAGAGCCAAGCAAAGGCAGAGGAAAUGUCAGGAGACUUGUAGCCACAAAUGAACUAGAACCAGGAGUAAUCCCUCUUUGCCUUCGCAACAGAGGAAGAAAAACACCUGCUCACUGGGAGAUUUUUUUAUUCUCACCAGGGCUAGGGGACAUGGGGUGGAUGAGAGCAUUUGGACACAACUGAGAUUCAUGUCCAAAGACCGCUUUUGUUUCCUGGGAAUAGGGGCUCCAAAAGGGUACAGGAGCACAGAUGACAAAAUGACACUAAGGUGCCUUCUGAUGAGCAGCUGGAUUGAAGGCAGAGGCUUAGAUGGGCUGUGGGAGGAGCAGUACUGUUCAAGGGAUAUCUAAGUGAUAAGGUGGAGACUGCAGAUUUAGCAAAUUGGGAACUAGAGUAAUUAGAAAUAGAAGAUCUAGCCUUCUCCGGAAAUUUCUCUUUUUACUCCUCUACCUAGGAUGUCAGAUGGCAUUGCCCUCUCCCUUCUGUGGCACCAGCCCUAAACCCAGGUCCCCUGCAAGCCUGGUAUUCUAGAUCAGAGGUUGGGAAGCUGUGGCCAGUGAGCCAAAUUCAGCACUCACGCCCUCACUAUUUUUGAAAAUAAAUUUUUAUCGGAAUACAGUUGCACCCAUUUGUUUACAUAUCACCUAUGGCUGCUUUCCUGAUACCACAGCUGAAUAGAAUAGCUGCAACAGACUGUAAAGCCUAAAAUAUUUACUAUCUGGCCCUUUACAUAAAGUUUGCUCUAGAUCAGAAGUAUUCAAAGUGUGGUCUCAGAUGGAACUCAAGAUCAAAAAAGUAAAUGAUCUGAUUUAAAAGUGGGCAGAGGACCUAGUUAGACAUUUUCCAAAGAAGACAUUCAGAUGGCCAACAGACACAUGAAAAGAUGCUCAACAUCACUAUUCAUCAGGGAAAUGCAAAUUAAAACCACAAUGAGGUAUCACCUCACACCAGUCAGAAUGGUUAGUAUCAAAAAGACAAGAAAUAACAAGUGUUGGGGAGGAUGUGGAGGAAAGGGAGACCUCCUACAUUGUUGUUGUUGUACAAUGUAAAUUGGUACAGCCACUGUGGAAAACAGUAUGAAAUUUCCUCAAAAAAAAAAUUAAAAAACAGAAAUACCAUAUCAUCUAGCAAUUCCACUUCUGGGUAUUUAUCCCCACCCCCCAAAAAAGGAAAAACUAAUUUGAGAAAGGGAGGGAAGCAACCUAAGUGUCCAUUGAUAGAUGAACGGAUAAAGAGGAUAGGGUAUAUAUAUACAAUGGAAUACUACUCAGCCAUAAAAAAGAAGGAAAUCCUGCCAUUUGUGACAACCUGGAUGGACCUAGGGGACAUUAUACUAAGUGAAAUAAAUCAGAGGAAGACAAAUACUGUAUGAUUUCACUUAUAUGUAGUAUCUAAAAAACAAAACAAAUGAAUGAACAAAACAGAAAACAGACUCAUAGCUAUAGAGAACCAACUGGUGGUUGCCAGAGGGGAGGGGAAUGGGGAGAUGGGCAAAAUAGCUGAAGUGGAUAUAAAAAACUGUGUGAUCUGGGAACUCUGUGAGUCCCUGAGACCCUUUCAGUGAUUUAAGUGGCCAAUACUAUUUUUGUAAUACAAGAUCUGCUAGCAUUUUUUCAUUUAUUCUCUUACAAGUGUAAUGGAAUUUUCCAGAAGCCAUAUGACAUGUGAUAUUACAACUACAGAGAGAAUGUAUAAGCAGAUAGGAGAAUUCAGCUGUCUAUUACAACAGACAUUAAAGAUGUUUGCAAAAAUGUAAAACAAUGUGACUCUUCUCACUAAAUAUUUUCCAAUAUGGAAAAUAAUUAUUUUUCAUAAAAACAUAAUAUACAUUCACAUAUAAUGGGUUAAUUAAUCUUAUUUUGAAAUAAAUAUUUUAAAAAUCCUACUUUAAUUUCUAAUAUGUUUCAAUUUUAGUUUCUAAUUUAUUUUAAUUUCUAAUAUAUUAAAUAUCAAUAGAAAUAAUCCACAUAAGCAAAAACUCUUCAAAGUUCUACUUUUUUAAGAACGUAAAGUUGUUCUGAGGCCAAAAAUUUUAC